UACUUUAAUCUACACUCUUAUUAGACGCAUAGUCUCGCCGUUUCUUUUUCUCUACGAUUCUCCAAAAUCUGCAAAACUUGCUUUCUCAUCCAAAUUCCUUUUGCCAUCUAAGAGCCCCACCCAUCCACAGUCUUGCCGUCGCACUCGGACUCUCGUUCUUUCUCUCCCUCACUGCGAAACCCUAGCUCGUCAUUCCGUUGUCACCAUGCUGAAAUUUUCGUCAACCACGGCGAAUCAGAUUCGCUUCCUCCUUCAGAGCCUCAACGAAGCCAACGCCGAUUCUGUCCUUUCAGGGCUCCAUCAGUUUACUGAAUAUGGUGUCGAGGGAAGCAUUUUACUACUUCAAACAUGCCUGGAUCAUCUGAACAGUUACAAGACAGAGUUGACGAACGUGUCACUGGAAAGGGUUCUUGCAUCAAUUUUCAAAUAUCUCCUUGACAGACCAAAUUUUUCUACUAUCUUUUGCGAGUCACUAAGAAAUUCGGAGAUCAAUGAAGGAAUUCUAGAAAAUUUCUCUGAUGCAUUACAUCUAUCUGUAUCUGAAAAAAUGGGUCUUGGUCUUGCUUUGUCAGAUUCUGAAAACUUUGACAACAGGAUAUGUGGCAAGAACUUUUGCAUGGCCCAGAUUGAAGAAUUGUGUGCCAAUCCCGUUGCUAUCCAUUCCUCUGAGCAAAUUCAUAAUAUAAUUAUGUUCCUCCAGCGGUCUGAAGGCCUUUCCAAGUAUGUAGAUUCCUUUAUGCAGAUGCUAUCAUUGGUGCAUCUGAAAGAUGCCUCUCCGUUUGUUUUGACUCCAUUGCUUUCAGAUGAAAUGCGUGAGGCCAAUUUUUUAAGGAAUAUGGAUAUGUUCCAUGAAUGUGUGGAUAAUGAUUUCGAUGCCAUUCUAGCAGAAAUGGAAAAGGAAAUGAGCAUGGGAGAUAUUUUGAAGGAACUAGGUUAUGGAUGCACGGUAGAUCCGUUGCAGUGCAAAGAGAUUUUAUCUCUUUUCUUACCACUCACUGAGAUUACCAUCUCUAAAAUACUGGGCACAAUUGCCUGCACUCAUACUGGUCUUGAGGAUAACCAGAACACGCUUUCAACAUUUGGCUUGGCACUUGGUUGCAGCACUCUGACCGAUCUGCCUGCAUUGAACACUUGGAAUGUUGAUGUUCUUGUUGAUACAAUUAACCAACUUGCUCCAGGUACUAACUGGAUACGAGUAAUUGAAAAUAUGGAUCAUGAGGGAUUCUACAUUCCUAAUCAGGAGGCAUUCUUGAAUUUCAUGUCUAUAUAUAAGCGGGUGUGCCAGGAGCCAUUCCCCCUCCAUUCUAUAUGUGGGUCUGUUUGGAAGAACACUGAGGGUCAAUUAUCAUUUCUGAAAUAUGCUGUGUCAGCUUCACCAGAAGUAUUUACCUUUGGCCAUUCUGCAAGGCAGCUGGCCUAUAUUGAUGCAGUGCACGGCCAUAAGCUUCAGCUUGCAAAUUCAAAUCAUGCAUGGCUAUGCCUUGACCUUUUGGAUGUCCUGUGUCAACUUGCUGAGAGAGGUUAUGCCCAUAUUGUUCGAUCAAUGCUUGAGUUUCCUCUUCAACACUGUCCUGAAGUGCUGCUUCUUGGCAUGGCGCAUAUUAAUACGGCAUAUAACCUGCUGCAGUACGAAGUGUCAAUUACUGCUUUCCCCAAGAUAGUAAACAGUGCAAUGGCCAAUAGCAUGAUCCAUCAUCUCUGGCAUGUCAACACAAAUCUGGUAUUGCGGGGAUUUAUUGAUGCUCAGCUCAGCGAUCCCGACAACUUGACUAGAAUAUUGGACAUUUGCCAAGAGCUAAAGAUUUUAUCAUCUGUUUUAGAGAUGAUUCCUUCUGCUUUUAGUAUCAAGUUGGCAGCCCUUGCUUCCAGAAAAGAGCUUCUUGACCUUGAAAAGUGGCUGAGUAAUAAUUUGAAUACCUAUAGAGAUAUUUUCUUUGAGGAGUGCCUGAAGUUCUUAAAGGAGGUUCAGUUUGGUGGAUCCCACGAUUUUUCCACCCAACCUUUCCAACGUUCUGAUGCUGUUUCAAAUCUUUAUGCGGGUACAACUGCUACGAUCUCAAAGGUACUUAAAGCUCAUGUUAGCUUGAUUACCUCUGGCCAACUUUCUGAGGAAAUGGAAAGGUUGCAUGUAGCAAUUUUGGAUUCUAAUCCAAGGCUGCAAAAUGGUGGGACAACAGAUUCACCAACUGAUGGAUAUGGGGAUGAUAUUGAAUCUGAAGCAAACUCUUAUUUCCAUCAAAUGUUUUCUGGUCACUUGACAAUUGAGGCAAUGGUCCAAAUGCUUGCGCGAUUCAAAGAAUCUUCUGUGAAAAGGGAACAAUCAAUUUUUGAUUGUAUGAUAGCCAAUCUAUUCGAGGAGUAUAGAUUCUUCCCCAAAUAUCCUGAAAGACAGCUAAAAAUUGCUGCCAUUCUCUUUGGCUCUGUUAUCAAGCACCAGCUUGUCACUCAUCUUACCCUUGGGAUUGCACUUCGGUGUGUUCUUGAUGCAUUGCGAAAACCUGCAGAUUCGAAAAUGUUUGUCUUUGGGACCAAGGCUUUGGAGCAGUUUGUGGAUCGUCUGAUUGAGUGGCCACAAUAUUGCAAUCAUAUCUUACAAAUUUCCCAUUUACGCAGCACUCAUUUAGAGCUGGUUAAUUUCAUCGAACAGGCUCUUGCCAGGAUAUCAUCAGGACAUUCAGAUUCUGAAAUAGGCAACCAGGCUUCUUCAGUUCAUCACCAUGGUCCCAAUCAAGCUACGUCAGGAAAUGUAGAUUUGAAUGGAUCUAGUGUCCUACAACCAGGGCAACAACUUUCUUCUCCUCUGCAGCUUCAACAAAGACAUGAAAGUUCUUUUGAUGAUCGUCAUAAAGCCUCUGUGACUGCAUCUAGUGACAUGAAAUCACUUCUAUCUUCCAGCGGGCAAAAUUCAGGUGGUCCCCCUGGUGAUUCUUCUGGCAUUCAAAAGUCACAAAAUACAGUCAGUGCUCCAUCAAUGCUGUCUUCUUCGCCUGGUUUUGUUCGUCCUUCACGAGCAGUUACUUCUACAAGAUUUGGCUCUGCUUUGAACAUUGAAACAUUAGUAGCUGCUGCUGAGAAAAGAGAAACUCCCAUUGAGGCUCCAGCAUCAGAGGUUCAAGACAAGAUAUCAUUUAUGAUUAACAAUAUUUCAGCUGCUAAUGUUGAAGCUAAAGCAAAAGAGCUCACAGAAAUAUUGAAAGAGCAGUAUUAUCCCUGGUUUGCACAGUAUAUGGUUAUGAAAAGAGCUAGCAUUGAGCCAAAUUUUCAUGACUUGUACUUGAAGUUUCUGGACAAAGUUAGUUCGAAAGCUUUGAACAAAGAGAUUGUCCAAGCUACUUAUGAGAACUGCAAGGUUCUUCUUGGAUCUGAGCUUAUAAAAUCCAGUUCAGAAGAGCGUUCAUUGCUAAAAAAUUUAGGUAGCUGGCUAGGGAAGUUAACAAUAGGAAGGAAUCAAGUCUUAAGGGCUCGUGAAAUCGAUCCCAAAUCUUUGAUUAUAGAGGCAUAUGAGAAGGGAUUGAUGAUUGCAGUAAUACCAUUUACCUCAAAGAUUCUAGAACCAUGCCAGAGCAGUGUAGCAUAUCAGCCACCUAAUCCCUGGACCAUGGGUAUUCUUGGAUUACUUGCUGAGAUUUAUUCAAUGCCAAACUUGAAAAUGAACCUGAAGUUCGAUAUUGAGGUUUUAUUCAAGAACCUCAGUGUGGAUUUGAAGGAGAUAACACCCAGUUCUCUUCUGAAGGAUCGCAAGAGAGAAAUUGAAGGGAAUCCUGAUUUCUCUAAUAAAGAUAUUGGAGCAUCUCAACCGCAGAUGGUCGCUGAAGUUAAAUCAGGGAUAAUUCCUCCACUAAAUCAAGUUGAGCUUCCACUUGAGGUUGCCCCCUCAUCUAAUUCUGGGGGACAUACACAUUUACUAUCUCAGUAUGCUGCUCCUCUUCAUCUUUCCUCUGGUACACUGAUGGAGGAUGAAAAGCUGGCAGCUUUAGGCUUGUCUGAUCAGCUUCCUUCUGCUCAGGGGCUGCUUCAAGCUACUCCAUCUCAGUCACCAUUCUCUGUUAGUCAGCUUCCUACACCAAUACCUAAUAUUGGAACUCAUGUAAUUAUCAACCAGAAGCUCAGUGCAUUGGGGUUGCAUCUGCAUUUCCAGAGAGUUGUUCCCAUUGCGAUGGAUAGAGCUAUCAAAGAAAUAGUGUCUGGCAUUGUUCAGCGCAGUGUUUCUAUAGCUACUCAAACUACUAAGGAACUUGUUCUAAAGGAUUAUGCCAUGGAAUCAGAUGAGACACGCAUAUUCAAUGCAGCACACUUGAUGGUUGCUAGUUUGGCAGGAAGUCUAGCUCAUGUAACAUGCAAGGAACCAUUGCGCACUUCAAUAUCAAGCCAACUAAGAAAUUCACUUCAGGGUUUGAAUCUGGCAAAUGAACUUCUGGAACAAGCUGUUCAACUUGUUACUAAUGAUAAUUUAGAUCUUGGCUGUGCAGUCAUUGAACAGGCUGCUACCGAUAAGGCAAUACAAACCAUUGAUGGAGAAAUUGCUCAGCAGCUUUCAUUAAGAAGGAAACACAGAGAAGGAGUUGGUGCCACAUUUUUUGAUGCUAACAUUUAUACACAAAGUUCUAUGGGUGUGGUGCCGGAGGCCCUUCGUCCUAAACCGGGUCACUUGUCCCUUUCCCAGCAGCGAGUUUAUGAGGACUUUGUUCGGCUUCCUUGGCAAAACCAAUCUAGUCAGAGUUCUCAUGCUGUGCCUGCUGGUGCUUCAACUUCCUCUGCCAGUGCUGGUCUGGCUAGUGUGUAUGGUUCGACAUCAGGACAACUCAAUCCAGGCUACUCAUCUGGCCCUGGAAACACUGGAUUCGAGGCAGUCUCUCGUCCGCUGGAUGAUGCGCUUGAAUCUAAUUCAGCUCUGCAACUUAGUGCCUCCUCUGUUCAUGUUGGGCCAGCUGAUGGUGUUACCCAGCAUGGUUCUGAAAAUGAUGUUGCUGUUGGUUCUUUUACUACUGCAGCUUCUACCCCUGAGUUGCAGGCUGUGGACUCUGUCGAUGCUGUCAAGGACUCUGGAGCUUCUUCACAGGCAUUGCCAUCACCUGCAGCUGCUGAGCGUCUUGGAAGUAGCACUUCAGAACCUUCACUCAGCACAAGGGAUGCAUUGGAUAAAUACCAGAUUAUUGCACAGAAGCUGGAAACGUUGGUAAUCAAUGAUGCUAGAGAAGACAUUCAGGGAGUUGUUACUGAAGUUCCUGAAAUGAUACUUAGAUGUGUUAGUCGGGAUGAGGCUGCAUUGGCUGUAGCUCAAAAGCAGGUUUUCAAGGGUUUAUAUGAGAAUGCGUCAAGCCAUAUUCAUGUUGGUGCUCAUCUUGCAAUCCUUACAGCUAUUCGUGAUGUUUGCAAGCUAGUUGUUAAGGAGCUGACUAGUUGGGUGAUCUAUUCGGAUGAAGACAGAAAGUUUAAUAAAGAUAUCACUGUUGGACUUAUUCGCAGUGAAUUGCUAAAUCUUGCAGAGUACAAUGUUCAUAUGGCAAAACUUAUCGAUGGAGGCAGGAACAAGGCUGCUACGGACUUUGCCAUUUCCCUACUUCAAACUUUGGUAAUAGAAGAACCUAAAGUAAUUUCAGAACUUCAUAAUCUUGUUGAUGCAUUAGCAAAGCUUGCGGCGAAGCCUGGGUGUCCCGAGCCAUUGCAGCAGUUGGUUGAGACAAUCAAGAAUCCUGCUGCCAAUAUGUCUACUUCAGCUGGUGUUAAUGUCGGGAAGGAUGACAAGGCCAGACAAUCAAGAGAUAAAAAGGCUCCUGGGCACUCCCCAGCGAGCAGGGAAGAUUUGAAUAAUGUAGAGACUGCCGAGCCAGAUCCUGCUGGUUUCCGUGAGCAGGUUUCUAUGCUGUUUGCAGAGUGGUACAGGAUCUGUGAACUUCCCGGUGCAAAUGAUGCAGCUCUUACCCAUUAUGUCUUACAGUUGCAUCAGAAUGGACUGUUGAAGGGGGAUGAUAUUACAGAUCGGUUUUUCCGUAUCCUCACAGAACUUUCUGUUUCCCACUGCCUAUCUUCUGAGGUUAUCAAUUCUGGCACAUUGCAAGCACCUCAACAAGUGCAGAGUCUGUCCUUUCUCGCCAUUGACAUCUAUGCUAAACUUGUCUUUUCAAUAUUGAAGGGGUCCAGUAAACCAUUUCUGUUAUCUAAGAUAUUAGCAGUGACCGUCAGAUUCAUUCAAAAGGAUGCAGAAGAAAAGAAAACAUCUUUCAAUCCAAGACCAUAUUUCAGACUGUUUAUCAACUGGCUUCUUGAUCUUGGCUCCCUAGACCCUGUUAUUGAUGGUGCAAACUUUCAGAUAUUAACUGCCUUUGCAAAUGCUUUUCAUGCAUUGCAGCCCCUAAAAGUUCCUGCAUUCAGCUUUGCUUGGCUCGAGUUGGUGAGCCACAGGAGCUUCAUGCCAAAAAUGCUCACUGGAAACGGUCUGAAGGGUUGGCCCUAUAUCCAACGCUUGUUGGUAGAUUUAUUCCAAUAUAUGGAGCCAUUUUUGAGGAAUGCUGAACUUGGAGUGCCGGUUCAUUUUCUGUAUAAAGGAACACUUAGGGUGUUACUAGUGCUACUUCAUGAUUUCCCAGAGUUCCUUUGUGAUUAUCAUUUUACUUUCUGCGAUGUUAUUCCUCCAAGCUGCAUUCAAAUGCGGAAUAUUAUCCUCAGUGCAUUUCCCCGUAAUAUGAGGCUGCCAGAUCCGUCUACUCCCAAUUUGAAGAUUGAUUUGCUGGCGGAAAUAAGCCAAUCUCCACGUAUUCUUUCUGAGGUUGAUGCAGCUUUAAAGGCAAAGCAGAUGAAGGCCGAUGUUGAUGAGUAUCUAAAGAUGAGGCAGCAGGGUUCCUCGUUUAUGUCUGAACUGAAACAGAAAUUGCUCCUUCCACCUAGUGAAGCUGCCACUGCUGGUACCCGUUACAAUGUACCCUUGAUCAACUCCCUUGUGCUCUAUAUAGGGAUGCAGGCCAUCCAGCAGUUUCAGGCUAAAACUGCUCAUGCACAGACAACCCAAACUGCUCCAUUGGCUGUGUACUUGGUCGGUGCUGCUUUGGACGUUUUCCAGGCCCUAAUCAUGGAUCUAGAUACUGAAGGCCGCUAUCUUUUCCUAAAUGCUGUGGCUAACCAACUGCGUUAUCCGAACACUCAUACUCAUUACUUUUCCUUCAUUCUCCUUUACUUGUUUGCUGAAUCAAACCAGGAAAUUAUCCAGGAGCAGAUUACAAGAGUGUUGUUGGAACGCCUGAUUGUGAAUCGGCCUCAUCCAUGGGGUCUUCUGAUUACUUUUAUCGAGCUUAUUAAGAAUCCAAGAUAUAACUUUUGGAACCGCGGUUUCAUACGGUGUGCACCAGAGAUUGAGAAACUCUUUGAAUCGGUCUCAAGAUCUUGUGGCGGCCCAAAACCUGUGGAUGAUAGUCUGGUCUCGGGUUGGGUAGCUGACAACUCACAUUAACUCUUCCGGAGGAAAUCCAACCGCAAGUGUGACUUGAAACAAGCUAUAAGUUACAUUUGCAAUGGUCAUGACCAUAUUUAAUUGUAUUUAUUGUAUGUGGUAGAUUCUAUUUUAUUCUUAAAUCAAAAAAUCUUUGGAAACAA